UUUUAAAGUGUCACUUCACUUUUUUUUAAGAUUGGAAGAUAUCGAGCGGAAAAUUAUCAAAUUGUAAUCUCGACUAAAAUUGUUUUUAUUUUUGGUAACGUAAAAAAAUGUCAACCAAGGAAAUAGCUGGAAUUCCUAUUUUUGCUUUUGUAUCGUUUAUUUUGACAAUUGUGGCAUUUGUUGUCGACUUGAUUGGCUUUGCUGCCCCAUAUUGGUACUAUGUAAAGAUUUCAGGAACGUCUUAUUAUGGAGGAAUAUGGCUUAACUGUCAGUCAUCUUCUGAAACCAACUGUAACACUUAUGUCAAUACAGAAACAUGGGUUGAGGCAGCUCAAGGUAUGGAGGUUCUAGGGUUUUUAUGUCUACUGGCAGCCCUUGUAACAGUUAUUGUGAAGUUAUUCGUCGUCAAAGACAAGCCUGUCUUGAAAUGGGUCGUUGUGGGAUGUUUGGUUGUUGGAGCUGUACUUAUCCUGAUUGGAGUAUGUUUAUUUGCUGGUAAAUCAGUAGAUGUGAUAACAGAAAAUCUCCAUUUCGCUUUUGCCUUUGCUAUAAUAGGAGCAAUGUUGUCAAUUGCAGCAGCUGUGUUGUUAUGCUUGGACAAACAAUCAACCUGAUAAAUUCUAUAUUUUUUUCUUAAUGGAUUGAAAUUGUACGAUUAAAAAAUACUAUAAAACUUAAUUUCAUAUUAUAAUGUUUGCCAACUAAAACACAUUUUGAAGUUAAACGCCGAUUUUUAUCAGAACAAUUUAUAAUAAAAGUACAUACAGAGCAGACGCAUUCAUCAAUGAGACAGCAACCCAAGGACAAAAAAUACCAAAAAGACACACAAAAGUUCCACAUACAUGUGGGAUGUUUGAACAGGAAUUAUUCAUCCGAGAGUUAAAAAUCUUUUAUUAUAACGGCUUAUUCUUGACUAGUCCGACCUUUCACAUGUCAUUAGUUACGACUGUAUAUAUUCCAUUAUCAUUUAAUUGGGUAUCUGUAUAAACAAUAAUAAACUGUUGACACAGA